UGGGUGCAGAUCUCGAUACGCAUUAAAUUGCGUGAUCCGAUGGAGGUGUGCACGCAAGUGAAUUGCUCCUCUGCAAUUCCCAAUCCAACAUUAAUAAAUAUAGCAAUACACUGUUACGAGUGGUCCAAAAAAGAAAAAAGAAAAAGAAAAAUCAACGGAGAGAAAACAAACCCCCAAACAAGGCCCAAGCCCCCACGCGGCCAGCUCACCGCGCCCGUCGCCGGCGGCCGACACAUCCCAGAGCGAGCGAGAGAGCGAUCCCCACAAUCCCCGGUCCAACCCCAAAACCCGAUCCCCCACGCUACCACCUUUCCCGCCGCUGCCGCCUGCCCCUCGUUUCCCGUCGCACUCCCUCACUGGAGCUUUCCCUCUCUGCUUUUGAGCUGCUGCUUACCUUAAAGACGACACGCCACGCCAUCACGGCCCACGAGGUGACUGGCGAUGGCUUCGGAGACCGCGCCGUUCUGCGUCACGGGGGCCGCGGGCAAGGGCGGCGCGUCCCCGGCGCACGCCAGGCCGCACGGCCACGUCGUGCUCACCACCCGCAUCCACGACGCGCUCGUCUUCGCCGCGGGCGCCGUCGCGGCCGUGCUCCUGCUCCUCUGCUUCUCCUCGCUGCUCGCGCCCACGCCCGUGCCCAACCUCGUCGCCGGCCCCUCCCUCCCCUUCCCCACCUCCUUCCCGCAGCACCAGGCGGAGGACGACGACUCCGACUCGGAAGGCCUGUACGCCAGGCUCGCCGCGCGCCCGCGCACCUUCUACGACGACGACGCCGGCCUCUCCUACGCCGUGGACCGCCGGGUGACCGGCUGGGACGCCAAGCGCGCCGAGUGGCUCCGCCAGCACUACCCGCGCGGCCUCCGCGCGCGCCGCGGCCCCGGGGAGCGCGUCGUCAUGCUCUCCGGCUCGCAGUCCUACCCCUGCGCCGGCGACGGCGGCGACCACAUGCUGCUCCGCUUCCUCAAGAACAAGCUCGACUACGCCCGCCUCCACGGGAUGGAGCUGCUCUACAACACGGCGCUGCUGCAGCCCCAGAUGGUGGCCUACUGGGCCAAGAUCCCCGUUGUGCGCGCCGCCAUGCUCGCCCACCCGGAGGCCGAGUGGGUCUGGUGGCUCGACGCCGACGCCGUCAUCACCGACAUGGACUUCGCGCUCCCGCUCGCCACCAGGUACAAGGACCACAACCUCGUCGUCCACGGCUGGGACAGGGAGGUCUACGGCGCCAGGUCCUGGGUCGGCCUCAACGCCGGCGUCUUCCUCAUCCGCAACUGCCAGUGGUCGCUCGACUUCAUGGACGCAUGGGCCAGCAUGGGCCCGGCCUCGCCGGACUACGCGCGAUGGGGCAAGACACUCAUGGCCACGCUCAGCGACAAGCCCGACGCCGAGUCCGACGACCAGUCGGCGCUGGCAUACCUGCUGCUCAAGAACCGCAAGAAGUGGGGCGCCAGAACGUACCUGGAGCACGACUACUACUUCCAGGGAUACUGGGCGGAGAUCGUGGACAAGCUCGACGGCGUCGCGGCGAGGUACAGGGCGGCGGAGCGGCGGUUCGGGCCGGCGCUCCGGCGAAAGCACGCGGAGGGGGAGCACGCGCUGUACGCGGCGGCGAGGAGCGCGGCACUGAGGAAGAAGGACGGCGGCGUCCCGGGGCCCGAUGGGGGCGGGCAGAGGGCGUCCUGGCGCCGGCCGUUCGUGACGCACUUCACCGGAUGCAACCCCUGCGGCGGCAAGCCCAACGAGAUCUACUCCAACGAGACCUGCGCCGACGGGAUGCGGCGCGCGCUCAACCUCGCCGACGACCAGGUGCUCCGCGCCUACGGCUUCCGCCACGCCGGACCGCUCAAGGACGACGUGCGCCCGCUCUAGUUUAGUCGUAGUCGAAUUGAGCGUGCAGUCUGUUACAGCAAAAAUCAAACCACCAUUUACUUGUACUGUUUUAUUAGUGAAAUGAAAUGACAGCGUUGCUUGCUCUU